AUGGACAUCGACAGCGAUUUGAACACCGUCGGAGAUGUCUGUAAGAACUUUCUUCAGGACACUGCAGCUCCCGGGAAGCGGAUUUACCCACGCAUUGCAUGCCAGAAUCGAAAUACACCAUGCAAUAAAGGAUUGCCUUGCUCGAUGUGUAGGGAAACAAACACAGAAUGCGGAUUUCGCCCAAAAUUGAGUUCUUACUCUUCCAAUGACCAAUCCUCAUCCGCAAAUACACUUUCUGUAGCCUCCAACUCUGCUGAUAAAGAAUUAUCACUCGAGAAUCUACCGCCAACAGUCUCUCAUCCGCCUGAUACCAAAUUCUCACUCGAAAAUCUCCCGCCGAUAGUCUCUCAUCCGCCUGAUAAAAAGUUCUCAAUCGAAAAUCUAUCCCCUUUAGAUUCUCCCUCUGCCGAUAAAGAAUUGACAUUCGAGAAUUUAUUUGCUAUAGAUUCUCCCUCUGCCGAUGAGGAAUUCUCACCCGCAAACCCACCUUCCAUAAGAUAUCCCGCUCUCAAUGAUAAAUUCACACGCGCAAGCCCAGAAUGCGCAAGCCCACUUAUUAUAGGCUCCCCUCAUCACAACUUCCAAUUUACAACCGUAGAUCUACCAUGUAUAAACCCUCAACUUCUCAAUCAACCAUGUCUUACAGACUCUCACGAUACCGUAUUCUCACCCGCAGACCCAUUUUCUAUAGGCUAUCCCGCUCCCAAUGAUGAAUUCUCACUCGCAAGUCCUCUUACUAUAGCCUCCCCUAAUCCCAACAACCAAUUUACAUCCGCAGAACUACCAAGCAUAGACCCUCUCCUUCUCAAUCAACCAUGUCUUACAGACUCUCACGAGUCCGUAUCCUCACCCGCAAAUCCAUCCCCGAUAUGCACACGGGUAAUGACUUCUGGAUCGACGACGAAGGGACUAUCAGGGACUUAUCUCGCGGGGAGGACUUGGCCCAUCAUGCUACGCACACCUUAUUACUCAGGCGGCUAUCAAAACGGCGUCAAGACCGCAAUCCGUCUCGCAGUCUGUGAAACAGAUACUGAAGUCAUAGGCUUACAAGAACUGCCGAAGCAUGUUAGACUUGAAUUUCGUGUGAGGGGAGCUAUGCUGGUGGGUAAUGAUACGAAGAUUGGAAUGAAACUCGAGGAGGGUGAAGAAGUAUAUGCGUUUAUUUCUGCUGGUGGAAUUCAAUGUUAUGGAGAUGAGAGAGGAUGGCAUCAAUAUUCAAGGGCACAUCCCCCUAGGUAA